UUUCACUCUACACGUGUUUAUGUCUGCUGAUUUCAUUGAAUUAAUUGAAUUACUGUUGCAAUUAUUGUAAUUUUACCUCUGUUUGUGUGCUGAGUGUCGAAAAUGGCACAAACUGUAGAGGACCAGGUCCUCUCUAUAGUAAAUAGUUUAAAAGAAAAGGAGCCUGAAAACGCAGUUGAAACUCCAGCUUCUAAAUCUUCGCCAAAAAAAGAGAAGCAAAAUUCAGAAACAAUUAGAGGACGUGCUAAAUCUGGACGCUUUUGGAAAACGCAGAAAGAAAGGUUCGCUACAGUGAAUAAGACAAAAGGACUAACGCAAGAUUUCAAAAAGAAGACUGCGCUUAGGCUAGAGCUAAAGAGGACUAAAGAAUUAUCCCGGCAAGUACUAGAUGAAUUGAAACAAAAGGAACAAACUAGAAAAGAAAGGAGACGAGAGAAUAUCAAGCGCUCGGCCGAAAAUAAAGCAAAGUCUGAGGUUGUUCAAGUCAUCACUAACUCUGCCAAGUUGAAGAGAAUGCGUAAGAAGCAGCUGAGGUUCAUCCAAAAACGGGAUACUAAUAAAGAAGUUGAGGCAAAUAAAUAGAAAUUUUAUA